UAAUUCUUUUAGGUGGUCAUUUAAGUUGUUUAUUUUAGAUUUUUAUUGUUUUUUGAGGAAGGCCUGUAUUGCUAUGAGCUUCCCUCUUAGGACGGCUUUUGCUGCAUCCCAUAGAUUUGGUAUGGUUGUGUUUCCAUUAUCAUUUGUCUCAAGGUAUUUCUUUAUUUCCUCUUUGAUUUCAUCAUUGACCCAUUGGUUUUUUGGUAGCAUGUUGUUUAGUCUCCAUGUAAUUUUUUUUCCUCAUUUCUCUUUCUGUGGUUGAUUUCUUGUUUCAUGCUGGUGUGGUCAGAAAAGACGCUUGAAACAAUUUCUAGCCUCUUAAAUUUGUUGAGGCUUUUUUGUGUCCUAGUAUGUCAUCUAUCCUAGAGAAUGUUCCAUGUGGACUUGAAAAGAAUGUGUAUUAUGGUUGUUUUUUGUUUUUGUUUUUAUUUUUUGGAUGUAGUGUCCUGAAGAUGUCAAUUAAGUCUAACUGUUCUGUUGUAUCCUUUAGGAUCUCUGUUGCCUUACUGAUUUUCUGACUGGAAGAUCUGUCCAUUGAUGUCAGUGGGGUGUUAAAGUCUCCUACUAUUAUUGUAUUCCCAUCAGUUCCUCCCUUUGUCUGUUAGUAUUUUAUGUAUUUAAGUGCUUCUAUAUUGAGUGCAUAUAUGUUAAUGAGUGUAAUAUCCUCUUCUUGUAUUGAUCGUUUUAUUAUUAUAUAGUUGGACCUUCAUCUUAACUGCUCUGUGAAAACAUAUUUAGUGGAAUUUUGAGCCUAGAGAUAAAGAUUAUCCUGUGCUUCUCCCCUUUCGCUCCUUAUCUUUCUCCUGAAUCCAAUUGCAUGUAAAGUGGGUUAGAACAAGUAACGAAGUAAAUAUUCAGAACAGGAAAGCACACGGUCACCCUUCCUCAACUUGGAGGUGGUGGUGGGUUCCAUGAAUUGACAGGAUGUUUAGGUCCUUUCUUUCCACUGCUUGCCUUUCUGGGUCACUGCCUGACCCUACAGCUUAUGGAAAAGGCAAAGAUGUUGAUGUACUAUUCCCAUAGUUGAUGGUGCAAUAUGUGUUUCACUUCUGUUUCAAAGGGAGAACUCACAGAUUUCAUUUCCAUAUUUUAGGGUAAAAAUAUAUUUGAUUUGGUAAUACUGUUUAUAAAUUUGUUUUCUAAUUUGGUGGAGACAUAGACUACUAUGGAUGCUCAAAUACUAUUAAGAAACUACCCCAGGGCUUCCCUGGUGGCACAGUGGUUAAGAAUCCACCUGCAGACAAAUCUUCAUGGCGGCGGUGGCGCCUGUUUGGGUGCGGCGCUGGAGUGACUGAGCUGCUAGCUUGGCGGCCAAGCGUCGAGCUCCAGCCCGGUCUCCGUGUGCCCCCCGGGCUCCGCACCCCUGAUGUUGCGCGGGCACUGAGCCCGCCCGGCCUGGACAAUGGUGAAGUAUUUCCUGGGCCAGAGCGUGCUCCGGAGUUCCUGGGACCAAGUGUUCGCUGCCUUGUGGCAGCGGUACCCGAAUCCCUAUAGCAAACAUGUCUUGACGGAAGACAUAGUGCACUGGGAGGUGACCCCUGACCAGAAGCUCCUGUCCCGGCGACUCCUGACCAAGACGAACAGGGUGCCCCGCUGGGCUGAGCGACUAUUUCCUGCCAAUGUUGCUCACUCAGUGUACAUCCUGGAGGAUUCUAUUGUGGACCCACAGAACCAGACCAUGAUCACCUUCACCUGGAACAUCAACCAUGCCCGGCUGAUGGUGGUAGAGGAACGAUGUGUUUACCGUGUGAACUCUGAUAACAGCGGCUGGACCGAAAUCUGCCCGGAAGCCUGGGUCUCCUCUAGCUUGUUCGGCGUCUCCAGAGCUGUCCAGGAAUUUGGUCUCGCCCGGUUCAAAAGCAACGUGACCAAGACUAUGAAGGGUUUUGAAUACAUCUUGGCCAAGCUGCAAGGUGAGGCCCCUCCCAAAACCCUUGUUGAAACAGCCAAGGAAGCCAAGGAGAAGGCCAAGGAAACGGCACUGGCAGCUACAGAGAAGGCCAAGGACCUUGCCAGCAAGGCAACCACCAAGAAGCAGCAGCAGCAGCAGCAGUUUGUGUAGCCAGCCCAGGCCCUAGGGCCGCAGCACAGCAGACCACUUGCUCCAGUCCCUGUGCUCUUUCCUCCUUGUACUUUAUUAUUAAAAGUCAGCUUCCAGUCCUGUCUACUGUCUGGGUGGUGGGCUGGGGGUGGGUGUGUUGUUUGGCCUCUCCAGCACACCAAGCCGUUACCCAUGUCUGAGCUGGGCCUGCUUAUUCCUGCAUCAGGUGGCUGAAGAUAGAGGUACAGUGACUUGCGCAGGGUCACGUCCAGGUGAAGUGGUCAUAAACACUAGACUGUAAGCUCCAUGAGGGCAGGGACCUUUGUUUUAUUUUCUGAUGUGUCCCAAGUACCUGAAACAAAAUCUUGCACAUAACAGGCACUCAAUAAAUACUUGUUGAAUUCAA